AUGGCAAGUCCUUCAAUCUUAUCUCCUCCUCACUAUUCUACAUUUGAUAAUCAUUCCUUUUGGGAUGAGGUAUAUUUAUCACCAUUGAGGGAUAGUGAACCUCUUCUGUGUACAGGUAUUACAGCUGCAAAAGCUGUAGAUCCAAGUACUACCAUAAUUGUAGAAGAGAAUAACACUACUGCUACGAUAGAUGUAGCAGAUAGAAAUAAGAAUAUAUUAAUUAGGAGAAAAAGAAAAAGAACACCUCGUAAUCCUGCAUCAAUAAGUUUAGAAGAGCUUUCGAGAUAUUUUCAUCUGAAUACAACUCAAGCUGCAAAUAAACUACGAAUUGGGCAGUCGACCCUUAAGAGAAGAUGUAGGCAAUUAGGGAUUUCAUACUGGCCUCAACGGAAAUUCCUAACUUUGGAAAGGUUAUAUAAAAUUGUUCAGGAAUUUGGUGAGAUCAAGGAGGAAGCCGAGGUAAAAAGAAUAAUGAAGGAGUUGGAAGAUAAGAAGAAAAUGUUGCUACAAAAUCCAAACUUGAAGUUGGAUGAGGCAACAAAUAAACUCAGAGUCAAGUGUAAUACAAACAUUUCCAAAAGGAAAAUGUAUAUAGACUCGAUAGAUUUUUCUUCCACUCUUCCUGCGAGUUCAUCACAAGUUUUACCUUUUCCUGACAUUCCUGAGUUAGAACCUCAGGAAAUAGAUGAUGUACUUAGAUUUCUACAUGAUGAUAGAUAA